GAUCAAAAUUAGGGCAAAGCAAACGGAGCAAAUUGGAUUUGGGAGGGGAGGUAGAGAAUGUUGAGGACGAGGUUGCUGUGGUUCGGGCUAGGGUUCACGGCGACAGCAGCUGCCAUCUCUCAAUUGGUUUGGAGGGACCUCUGGGUCGACCGCCACGCCCUCUCUUCCGACAUGAAGCAGAAAUUCGAUUCGCUGGAAGCGAGAGUGUCGACUCUCGAAUCGGUUCCGCUGUCCGAAUCCCGACCGGCUCAGGUCGAAGGCUGAAGCUCAGGUUCUGGAUUUACCGCAUAAUCUGCGGAACGAGUAGGCUCUUUGUUACUUCAAUUGGGGAUGGGAAUAAACAUUGAGCACUGAGGAUACUGUCCUGCUUGUUGAUUGGAACUCUUUGUGUUCUAGGUACGAGUUGAACAUUCAUUGUUUCUUGACCGGAGAAUUACAGAAUGUUGAGUUUGUUCUAGAUUUGCAGUCCUUCAGGAGUUGUAGAUUGAUCUUUUUUUCAGUAGUGAAGUCGGAAAAAAGUGUUUCAGUGUUACUAUCACUUGUUCCUUUGAUCAUUCGGGAUUAUCUCGC